AUGUUCGCUCCUACGGCUGAAUGGCCACAUAUGUGUCGCAUUCUAAGCUUCCAUACACCCCACAACACUCAAUCCAGCGGGUCGAUGCCUUCCCGGGUCAUUUGGUGGCAAGUUUCCUGUUGCAUCAAGAAAGUCCCCUUCGCGCUGACGUCGGUCAUUUCAGUAACGCUGCGCAACACUCACUCCAUCUUGAAACGAGCGCGUUUUGUUGGCGCAUUAAUAUGCGUUCGCUCCUGUCACACUCCAAAUGAUCCCAAAGCGGGGCCUAACAAGAAUCGAUUGACGGUUAUGGCCAAGCGGUAUUUUCCCGACCAACCUGUGAUUUGCGUGAUCUUACCUAUAUCUCAGCUGUGGGAUGCGCAGAAUCAGAUUAAUCGUCCCCAUGGGAUUGCAUUUAGCCAUACCAACAAUGGCGUCAUUCGGGAUAUGAAGAUUUGGAAGCCCAUAGCCUGGAACUCCCCAACGAGCGGUACUUCAAAUAUCCAUGUGUUCAAUAACAAGAUCAUCGCUGUGUCGAGCACUCAGUCCUUCCCAUUCAACACCGAUGUCCAAGGGUUCAAAGAUUUUGAACCUCUACUUAUGAACACCAUUUAUCGCAAGAGUCACAAUUCUGCCCUCAAACGUUCUCAGCGUGAUCAGGGCGCUUGCUGGAACAAUGUCGAUGGUGAUAAAAACGUCAGUUCAAAGUUGGAGUGGAGGCCUAUACGGGCCUAUAUGCUCCAGGCAUGUGUUUUGCUCCUUCUUCCUCGUUCUCCCAACACACCCCUUACCCUUCGCAUAAGCGGAAUCAUCGUAAUUCGCUCGACGCAGGAAUUCAUCGGUUCUCAUAAGAGUCAGAGCACACCGCGGUCGGUAUCCAAAGCCGCCAUUGCCGCUGCGUCUUCCUCCCCAGCCGCAGACGAACACCUCGCGAAGAACCUCCGCAAGUUCGCUUCUGCCCAUACGGCGUUGUUGGGCUGGGCUGGUUUCCAGGCGUUGCAACUCAAACGUGUCCCGGCUAAUAUUAGGCAAAACGCAUUGCUCAUUGACUUGAGCUACCAUCCUCACACUGAGUCGCAUCGUCGGUAUAGUGGGGGCAUUGGCACGCUCGUCGUCAUUAUCCAAUGUGGCGGUGUCUCCCAAGUUAUGCCCAUUGAAGUCGAUCCGCCUGCGAAGAUUACGUGGGACUCGAGGGACGAUUGGGCGAGUGUGCUCGCGCUCUUUGUGGAGAGCGGAAGGACGGAUUUUAAGCCGAUAUCAACUACUUCAAGGGGACCGUUCGCACCCAAGAACCUUUGCAACCACGCACCCUUCGUGCUCAUUCACGACCACCCGGCAUUUGACAGCUCGCGCACCAUCAAUUCACUUUGUUCACGCAUCACGCAUCAUUCCACUCCUGUUCGUGUAUCUCAUGCACGACCAUACCCGCGCCGUCGAUCGGUGCACCCUCAGCACAUAUUCAAACCACUAAUGAGCAACAUCCAUCGCAUCAGCAUCGUCCACAUAAUCUCCAGCAUCACAAUUCACUUACGUCUAUCACGUCGUUUUCUUGGUACAAUCUGUCAGUGCCAUGUCGGCUUGCCGCAUCUAUACCUCUUCCCCGCCUCUAUUCAGCUUGUCGAGUACAAGGUUGCCCCCUUGAUUUCGCUUUCGCUUUCGUUCGCUUUUUCGUUUAUCGAAAACAUUUGGUUUGAAUUAUCUUUAUCUACGGCUUGUGUCUUGUGCGAUACAAUGGUAUCCACGCACCCAGAUUUGGUUGAGAUAGAAAACGACGAAAAGUCGAGAUUAGGGGGAGCGAAGCUUGGACAGUUUCAUUGA